AUGGCCAGCAUUCUCAAGCUACAUUACAUUAUUCUUAAUAACUUCAAUUUCUUUCCAAAAGAAAAAUCUUUACACACUUCACUUUCUCAAGUGUAUCGCAAAUCUGGGUAUCUCAAAACCUAG